AUGCAUGUAACGGGAGGUCUAGAACGGGUGGCGGAGGAGUUGAUGGGUCGAAGAAAAUGGAAACUAUACCAGGACGCGUUAAUACCAAAAAGGAGCGACGGGGAACAGUCCAGCGACGAGGAUACCACGCCUGUCACCGACCCCCCGCCCGCUCUCAAGAUAAAGACCAUAGAGGAGAUCAACGCUCCGGACGAAGCGAAGGAGAUCAAGACCGAGGAAACCAAAGUCGCCCAGGAGAAGCCGAAUCGGCCGGAGACGAUAUUAGAGAGUCUCAUCAAGCGGCCGGCGACGCAACCGAAACUGGAGAUACCAGAGGAGCCGGCCGAUUGGAAACCGGCCGACAAGUGCUACUUUUGCGUAGACGGGGCUGAAGCUGGUGGGGCGGAGGUCUCCGCGGCGGCGACGAGUCCAGCGUCGGAGUCGGACAGCAGCUCAGUGUCGGGGGCGAAGAGCCCCGCCGCCGCCCCGCCCCUGCUGCAGCAGAUGCUUCAGCUGCAACUACAGGCCCAGAGUCCCCAGGCCAUUGCGCAGCAGGCCUACACGGAUUGGUGUGUGCAGUUCCAGCAGAUGCUGGCGGCGUUGGCGGCGCUGGGCAGCGGGCUGGUGCCGCCGCCGCUGCCGCAGGCCUGGCUCAUACAGCGACUGGCGCAGACCAGACAACAUCCCGACAGGUUACCCGAGGCGUGUGACAAGGCUCCUGCGGCGAGUGCGUCCCCCACGCUGACCGAGCAACCUCUUGACCUCAGCGCCAAGUCUACUUCUAGCACCAGCGGCACUCCACCCCCAGAUCAUAACAACUUGGACAACUCCAGAUUAAAACGGGCAGUCCUAGACAGUGCUAGCAAUAGUACAACGAGGAGAACUUACACCGAUGAUGAACUCCAAUCGGCGCUCCGAGAUAUCCAGUCGGGUCGCCUUGGCACUAGAAGAGCAGCAGCGAUCUACAGAAUACCGCGUUCCACUCUCAGGAAUAAAAUCAACAAGUGCGGCAUUACAGCCGAGCAAGGCCACGAGUCUGAACCUGAUAGCGACCCCGAAAGAACCGAUUCUCCCCCAUCAGUGAUACUAAAAAUACCAACGUUCCCACCACCGGAAGACAAAAGUCCUUCCCCAGCCACGCCAGUUACCCCAAUAACACCGAUCAUCCCACCUCCUCAGCCGCCAUUAAAUCCACCUUCUCAGCUUCUCCUUCCAGCAUCAGUUUUUGCCGACCCGCCAUCUUCUCAACAUCUAUUCACGUCUCUGAGCGAUGUCAUAGCUAAGAGCAUCAGUCAAAAGUUCCAGCAGCCUCUGGAGAGGCCGCCGCAGCCUGAUCUGCCCUUCAUGAGGGCGCCAGAUAGGCAUGUGUCGGUGAUCAAAACACCGCCAGAAAAUCAAAGGAAUUACGCAGUGCCAAGCAAUUCUAGAGCGACCACGAACAAUAAUGGCCAACCUGCUACUGGCGGGAAGGGUACUCGACCCAAGCGUGGAAAAUACAGAAACUACGACAGAGAUAGCUUAGUGGAGGCUGUGAAAGCGGUGCAGAGAGGAGAGAUGUCCGUACACAGAGCGGGCUCGUACUACGGAGUGCCACAUUCGACGCUUGAGUAUAAAGUGAAGGAACGGCAUCUGAUGCGGCCGAGGAAACGCGAACCAAAGCCGCAACAGGAAGCGAAGCCGCAACCGAAGCCACCGCCACCUAAGCCACCCACGAAACCCUUCACGAACGGCCUCAACGGGCCGGAAACACCGGGUUAUCCAACAGGUUAUCCAUUUUGGCCGGGGGGCUUCGCUCCACCGCCGGCCCCGGAUUUAUACGCGUCCCACAUGAUGCGAAGAUUGCGCGACGAAGCACCGCCAGCGAACGGGUCCUUUCUCGAGGGGAUCAUCAGAUCGAGCUUGGAGCGGCAGCCGGCGCUCUUACAGCGACUUACCGAGCCCCGAGCGCCAAUAGCACCGACGGGCGAAGCGCCCAGCUUGCUGCGGAGGCUGGCGGGCGAACCGGACGAUUCCCCGCCGGCGAGACGUCCCCGCAUAGACAGUUCGGAUCGGCAGCUAGCCGCUGAGAUGCGCGAAGCGGUGCAGAGACUACGGGCGGACAAGAUGCGGCCGAGGAACGGCACCCCGACGCCCCCCGGCGGCUGCUCGCCCCCCGCGGCCCCCGCGCCGACCGUGCCCUCGCCGCUCGACCGCGUGUAG